GGGUGAUCAAUUGCAAGAAGCUCUUCAUAUUUAUGAGGAAUUGAAGGAAAAACAUGGACCUUCUAGUCUACUUCUGAAUGGUCAAGCUGCAGCUCUUAUGGGUAUGAAUAAUUGGGUUGAAGCUGAACCCAUUCUCCAGGAGGCUAUGGAUUUGGAUGGCAACAAUCCUGAUAUCAUUGUAAACAUGAUUGUGGUUGAUCAUCACUUGGGGAAACCGGUUGAGACAAUCAACAGGUUGAUAUCUCAACUGAGGGAUUGUUGUAAAGAUCAUCCAUUCUUGGUUGAUUAUGCAGAGAAGGAUGAUGAAUUUACUCGUUGCGCUAGACACUAUGGCCCAAGUGUACCUGCAUGAUUUGUUUAUCGGCGAU